GAACUGUAGGGAAGCAUCAUACAGUAUUUCUAGACCUCGCGACGCCCUCAGUCUCCCACACAGCCGGGGAGAGAUAGGAGCAGCCCAUACAAUAGCGCAUCCCCCUGAAAACCCACAUCAUGAUAUUUUUGCGUAACAUAAUGUUAAAUCUUCAACGUUAAUCUUGUGAUAAGAGUACGAGUCACGGGAAAGCAAAGACAAUUCAACACGCUGUCUGUUCAGCGUAACCUCGCGGCAGCUAAAAGGGUUCAAAAAACAGAAUCUGCUACUGCAACGAAAGCGACUGAAGUUCAUCAUAUCAGCAAUCCGCAUGCUUUUACGAAGAUUAAAAGAGUGAUUGAGGAUUGAAGACUACUGCCACUUUGAUCUGUGAGGGCGCCAACCAAUAAUGGCCCAAAGGAUAAGCAGUAGAAAUGUUAUUGAGGAGUAUGGAUCCAGCCCAUGAUCAUCUGCAGCUCCAGCAAACAUUCUCCCAGACAUCUGUCUAACUUCUCAACCAAGGAGGUCCCUUGACAUAAAUCUGCUGGCGACGCUGAUAGGUAUCAUAACACAAUUCAUGACGCUCAGAUCCCAGAGGGAACCUGUGAAUCAUGAGGCUGGUGUGGAAGUCCAUGGACAAAAUGAGGUGCUUCAGGAAACGCUCUACCAUUCCUUUCCUGGGAUUGCUGAUCACCUGUCUCCUCUUUCUCAACCUGUACAUUGAGGAUGGUUACGUAGUGGAAGAGGAUAAAAGACAGCUGAGGGAAACAUCCGUACAUCCUCCAAACUCAGAGAGCUACGUUCACACCUUGAGAGAUCUUACUAAUUUCUCUGGGACCAUAAACGUCACAUAUCGUUACCUGGCUGGAAACCCUUUGCCUCGCAAGAAAUAUCUUACUAUUGGGUUGUCAUCUGUCAAAAGAAAAAGAGGAAAUUAUCUAAUGGAAACGAUCAAAUCCAUUUUUGACCAGUCCAGUUAUGAUGAGCUGAAAGAGAUUGUGGUUGUUGUCCACCUGGCCGACUUUGACCUUACCUGGUGUGAGAAUCUUGUUCAGGAAAUCUCCAGGAAGUUUGCUCACCACAUCAUAGCGGGAAGGCUUCUGGUGAUUCAUGCCCCUAAGGAGUACUACCCACCCCUGGAGGGGCUGAAAAGGAACUAUAAUGAUCCGGAAGACAGGGUCCGUUUCCGCUCCAAACAAAACGUGGACUACGCCUUUCUCCUGAAUUUCUGUACCAACCUCUCUCAUUUCUACAUGAUGCUUGAGGACGAUGUGCGCUGCUCAAAGAACUUCCUGACAGCCUUAAAGAAAGUGGUCACCUCAAGAGAAGGUUCCUAUUGGGUGAUGCUGGAGUUCUCCAAGCUUGGCUACAUUGGGAAACUCUACCACUCUAGGGACCUGCCACGCUUGGCCCACUUCCUUCUUAUGUUCUACCAGGAGAUGCCCUGUGACUGGCUUCUCAUUCAUUUCCGGGGCCUGCUGGCCCAAAAAGACGUUAUCCGUUUCAAACCCUCCCUGUUCCAACACAUGGGAUACUACUCCUCCUAUAAGGGGGCAGAGAACAAGUUGAAGGACGAUGAUUUUGAGGAAGACUCCAUUGACAUUCCUGACAAUCCUCCAGCCAGCCUUCACACAAACAUCAAUGUAUUUGAGAAUUAUGAUGCAUCCAAGGCAUAUAGCAGUGUGGAUGAGUACUUUUGGGGAAAGCCUCCUUCCACGGGUGACUUCUUUGUCAUAGUGUUUUACAGAUCCACCAAAAUUAGCAAAAUUAAGAUCACCACAGGAACGGAUGAUCGACAGAAUGACAUCCUUCACCAUGGAGCUCUAGAAGUGGGAGAGAAGUUAGUCGGAACUAAGAAAGGGACACAGUGUUCUUCAUACAUAACAUUAGGAGAAUUUAAAAACGGCAACAUUGAGGUACAAGAUGUUGACCACAAGAUAGGCUUUGACAUUGAGUGUGUGCGUAUUGUGGUGACUGCUAGUCAGAAAGAAUGGCUUAUCAUAAGAAGCAUAAGCUUGUGGACUACUCAGCCACCAAGUCAAUGAUGACCACACAAAAACACAGUACGUCAUGUUACACCUGGUUAUUUAUUGUUUCAUUACCAUAUUUACUUGUCAUUGUAUUAUUCAAUUGAUUGUUUUUGCACUCGUGCAGUAUUUUUACCUGUCUUAUUUAGUAUUUGUAUAUAAAAGUCCUGUAAAAUUCCUGAAAUUAUUAGUCAUGACAUCAUUACAUUACAUUUCUUAGGACUGUUUAAUUGAUGAAACAAGUCAUAAAUGUCAAUUUACAUAUCAUUCCUGAAACACUGUUUUGAAAAUAUUUCUGCAUUACUCAUCUUAGACUCACACAUAACAUUUUACGUCAAUACAACCUAUAGAGAAAUCUAGUCAUUGGGUCUUCAAUAAUGUUACUCAACAGAACAUCUUUGGAGAACAGUAGCCUUUGGACAAUACUUGUAGCAUAAUUUCAAUGUGUUUUCAGAAUCAGAUUCAUAUUCUGAAUCACAAAUGCCACUAUUUUACCUUUUGUCAUUCCUAGCAUUACCAUUUCGAAAUAAAAUAAGUCACCGUGUUUUUUUUUUAACAUAAUUUACCUCUUUAUCAUUGUUACGGUGUCUUGCCUGAGCUUACUUUUAAGGGCCAGAAGUGGGCUUUGCCAUUUUACUGGCCCUGUAUGUUGUGUCAGAAACACUGAUAGGUGAAACAUGUUCUCCCAUCUUCUCUUAGAACAGAGAUUGGGUUGCACCUUGAAGAAUGGGGUGGACCUAAUCGCACCCUCUUCUCCAGCACAGCACAAUUUUGCCCAAGUAAAUUGGUCUGUGUUUCACUCGCUCUUUUAACACCAGCAAACAACAACCCCCCUGGAGCUAGGAUCUCAAUUCACUCCUCCCUCAUGUGUUUCUUUGUUUCAAACAGGGUUUUUUUUAACAAUGUUUCUCUAUGUUACU